AUGGCUUCUCCGCAUCAAUUCCAACAACUCCUCCUCUUGCCCCUCAUUUUCUUUCUCCUACCCCUGUCAUCGUCAACAGCAACCGCCAAAGCCGACUUGGAUGUUCUCCAAUUCGUCAACCCCCGCAUUGGUAGUACGAACGGUGGCAAUGUCUUCGCAGGAGCAACGCGCCCAUAUGCACUCGCCAAACCCGUCGCCGAUGUCGAUGGUCAGAAUACCGGGGGCUUUGCGACGGACGGAUCCAACAUCACGGGCUUCUCGUCGGUGCAUGACUCUGGCACCGGUGGUAAUCCUAGCCUGGGCAACUUCCCUCUGUUCCCGCAACUCUGCCCUGGGAACGAGGUCAACGGCUGCAGUUUUCGCAUCGGCGACCGAGCCACACGGUAUGUUCCCGACACUGUUGUUGCGAGUCCAGGCCACUUUGGUGUUGAAUUGGCAUCGGGUAUCAAGGUGGAUAUGACGAGCAGUGAUCAUGCGGCCUUGUAUCUAUUCAAAUUUCCCACCUCGAAUGAAUCGUCGCUCGUGCUGCUCGAUCUCACCGACCUGUGGCAAAGCCGACAGAACGGCACCGUCAGUGUUGAUGCCUCCAGUGGUCAACUGGUUGGCAACGGCACCUUCUUGCCAAGUUUUGGGGCUGGAUCCUAUGUGAUGCACUUUUGCGUCAGCUUCUUCGGCGGCGAAGUGCUCGACAAUGGGGUGUGGGUCAACAAUCGUGCAGGUACUGAGCCAAAAGAACUUUAUGUCACCCGCGGCUUUAACCUUUUCUACCUCGAGGCUGGUGGGUGGGUGCGCUUUUCAAACCUGACCAAUUCCACCCUGACGGCGCGCAUGGGUAUCUCUUUCAUCAGCUCCGAACAAGCAUGUGCUCGUGCCGAGGCGGAGAUUCCUGACCCCAUAGAGGAUUUCGACCGCCUGGUAACCGAAGCCGGCGAUGCGUGGCGCGACAAGCUGAGCGCAGUCUCUGUGAAGACCGGCGGAGCCAGCAAGGACCUUCAGAUCAGCUUUUGGAGCGGCAUCUAUCGCACUAUGAUUUCUCCCCAGAAUUACACGGGCGAGAAUCCCAUGUGGGACAGUGGAAUCCCCUACUUCGACUCGUACUACUGCAUCUGGGACUCUUUCCGGGUACAGCACCCACUUCUCACUAUUGUUGACCCCAUGGCUCAGGUGCAGAUGAUCAACAGUCUGCUGGACACGUACAAACACGAAGGGUGGCUGCCAGAUUGUCAUAUGAGUCUGUGUAAUGGCUGGACCCAAGGCGGUUCCAAUGCAGACGUGGUCCUAGUUGAUGCCUACGUCAAGAACUUGACGUCUAAAAUUGAUUGGAAUCUGGCCUUAGAAGCUAUCAUCAAGGAUGCCGAAGCUGAGCCUCUCGAGUGGUCAUACCAUGGUAGAGGCGGCUUGCAAAGUUGGAAGAGCCUGGAUUACAUUCCCUACCAGGACUAUGAUCCUCUUGGGUUCGGCACCAAUUCGCGCAGCAUCUCGCGCACUCUCGAAUACUCAUAUAAUGACUUCUGCCUCGCCACCCUGGCCCAAGGACUAGGACAGUCUGAUCUCUACGGAAAGUACAUCGAGCGAAGCACUAACUGGCAAAAUCUCUGGAAAGAAGACCAGACUUCUAUCAUCAGAGGAAAUGAUUCGGGGUUUGCCGGGUUUUUCCAACCCAAGCACUUGAACGGCAGUUGGGGAUAUCAAAAUCCCAUUGCCUGUUCGGCUCUUGCUGACUUCUGCUCGCUGACCACGAACCCAAGUGAAACAUUCGAAGCAAGCAUCUGGCAAUACCAGUUCAUCGUCCCACAACAAACAGCAAGCCUCAUCAACCUCAUGGGUGGUGACGAGGCUUUUAUUUCUCGUCUAGACUUCUUCCACACCUCUGGCCUAGCCGACAUCUCUAAUGAGCCCGUCUUCUCCACCGUAUACUUGUACCAUUACGCUGGUCGUCCCGCCUUGUCCACUAAGCGGCUACACACAUAUAUACCAUCAUCGUUCAAUAACACGGAUGGUGGUCUGCCAGGCAACGACGAUUCUGGAUCCAUGGGCGCAUUCGUAGUAUUUGGCAUGCUCGGAUUGUUUCCAAUUGCUGGACAGGACGUAUACCUGAUUAGCGCCCCUUUCUUUGAGGAGAUCAGCGUAAAGAAUAGCUUCUCGGGAAACACGGCUAAAGUCAGGACCGUCGGCUUUGACGCACAAUACGAGAAUAUUUAUAUUCAAAAUGUGACGGUUGAUGGGAAGCCUUGGGCUAAGAACUGGAUCAGCCAUGAGUUUUUUACCCUUGGUCAAACCUUGGAGAUUGUAGUCGGUGGUGAAGAAUCGGAGUGGGGGACUAAGGUCGAAGAUCGGCCACCUAGUUUCGGCGGGAAAUAA